AUGGAAAGCGGAGUCGUCAUCAGAACAAAGAAUAGGAAUUGGGAGUUUGGCAGAAGCCCUCUUGAUGUUGCCGAUUUGAAUGCUGCAGAAUUUAUUGACGCAAAUAGUUUGCUUGGUCUGCAGAUGGCACUCAUUGAUUGCCGCUUUCUCGAACGGGCGCAUCGAAGUGGUGAAGCUUCUGAUGGAAAAUGGGGCCGACGUCAAUGCGGAGAGCGUAGACUGAAAUGUCUAGUAUUUCAGUGGCCCCCUAGUUUAUAUAAUCCCUCAUUGUUUACGGCUGUGGACGGGCACAUUGACGUGGUGAAACUUUUGGUCGAAAGCGGGGCCGACGUCGAUGCAAAGGACGUAGAGGUCCGCAUUGAUCACGGCCUCCAUCGGAAACGUCGACAUGGUAAGUUUUGGUUGAGAACGGAGCCGACGAGCUCUCCUUUUACUUCUACCAGAUUUAACGGGCACAUCGAAGUGGUCAAAUAUCUCGUUGAAAACGGCGCCGAUGUGAAUGUGAAGAACGUGAAUUGGAGGCCCUCGUUGAUUGCUGCCUUAUCGGACGGGCAAAUCGAAGUGGUGAAGUUUUUGGUCGAAGUCGUGGCAGACAUCAAUAAGCGGAACGCCGGACGGGAGUCGUGGCAUUUCUGUAUUUCUUUGUUUUCAAAGUCUAAGGGUGACAUCGGUAGUUCUCUCGGUAGUGGCGGAUUUUUAGCUGUUGUCAUGCUCGUACUUAUUCAGGGGCUCUACGUUGACUCCACUGGGCUUAACAGGCACAUCGGUGUUGUUAUGUAUAUAGGCGAGAGCGGCGCCGACACCAAUGCGACCGUGCUAGGUGGUUUUUUUGCAUUGUUGGCGCUUCAUGUGGGGUUUGCCGCUGCAUGUUGUUUUCAAAAGUUGCCUAUGGGAUUGGCUUUGUUUAUGCGCCUUUGUAAGCAGAGAGCUCGUCUUGCACACGUAUGUAGAGUGAAAUAUUCAGUUGAAAACAAGUUGAAGGAGAAUGGUAAUCAGGCGGUUGUGGACACUACACUUAACUCUUUGACGUUUACAUCAUCUUUUUACGGGCACAUCGAAGUGGUACAGUUUUCUUUGAGAAGGGGGCCAAUGUCAAUGCGAAGGACGAGAGUUGGGUACUGCUAUCGCACCUCUUUGUUAGUUGGGCACAUCGAUGUGGUGAAAUGUUUAGUUGAAAACGGAGCCGAUGUGAAUGCAAAGGACAGAAGAAUCCCCGUAGCGAAUCGAAUGAUACACGCGCAUAUCGAGUUGGUAAGGUUUCUGAUCGCGAGAGGUGCUAAAAUGGGUGAAAAGGAGGAGAGUUAUGUCAGCAUUUGUCGAGUUCCCUUAGAGGAUGUGAGAAGCAGUAUGGAAUGUUCUAUAUUCUUAAAUUAUUUGGGAACAUGUGAUUUUCAGUUUUCUCAAGAUUUCUAA